GGAUUUUGGAGGUUUUGGUGCAGCCAGAAGCAUGUCGCUGUACCUACGCGUGAAGCGACGGAACCAGACGUUCUUCGUGCUCGCGGAGCCACACGACACAUUCCUCAAGGUGAAGGAAACACUGGCGUCAAUCCUUGCGCUGACUUCACCAAACCAAGUGCAGCUGUGGCACACGAACAAGCAAAAGGAGCUCUUGGACGCAGCGACUGUGGCAGACCAGGAGAUUGAAAACGACGCAAUCAUCUUCUUGUGUCUGAAGAAAGAGAGUAUGGCUGCUCUCGAUGCCGCCGCAAAUCAAUCCCUCGCGAAUCCUCAUGCAUUGUGUGCCUUGCUCUUGUAGAUUCCGAAGUUUGGGAAGACAUUCAAGUCGCCAAGCUGGAGCAAGACCACGAAGGCAACAACCACGACCAUGCAUCCAAGGACUGAGGACGUCGGCACCUGCUACGACUAUCUUCCCACCAGCACCCUUACGCUAGAUUACCGUGACCUCUACAUGACCAAUGUUCACUACCAUAUUGUAUCGUGUUCUUAAAGAUUCGAAAUCCAUGUAACUGCUGCAGUGGCGGUGUCGUUCUUCC